AUGGCAUAUAUUUGUAAUCACCUUUGGUUUUUUCUUAUUCUAUCAGUUGUUAAUAAUGUUCAUGGCGAAUUGAAUAUUUAUGGUGCAACCGAUAAUGAAUGGGACUUUGUACGAGAUAUAUUCAAAGAAAAUUUCAUAGAAGAACGAGAUCUUGGUGGAUCAGUAGCCGUUUAUCAUCAAGGGAAAUUAGUUGUUGAUCUAUGGGCCGGAUCGUUUGAUCAAUCUCAAGGAAAAGCCUAUGACAAUAAUACAUUACAAUUGGUAUUUUCAACGUCGAAAGGUGUAGUAGCUGUAGCUGCUGCACUUUGUGUUCAACAAGGUCUACUUAAUUACUCAGCAUUAGUGGCAGAUUAUUGGCCAGAAUAUGGGCAGAGUGGGAAAGGAAAUACAACAGUGGCAGAUAUUCUAUCACAUCGUGCAGGAUUACCUUUUGAAUCAGCAUCAGACGAACAGCGUUUGAACUGGGCAGUGAUGAUAGAUAUGUUGCAACGACAAUCACCAAUAUGGCUGCCUGGAACAAAACAUGGACAGUUUAUUCGAGAUGAAAUUGCUUCUAAAUUAGAUAUCGAAUUCUACAUUGGUUUACCAUCAACAGAAGAAUAUCGUGUUUCACCACUUAAUGUCAAACCGAAUGGAAAUGGAUCUAUUGAUACUUCAGCAUUUGCCUGGUUUAACGAGCAGCGUACACAUGAAGCAGAGAUUCCAGCUGCUAAUGGAAUAACAAAUGCUCGAUCAGUAGCAAGACUUUACGCAUCUUUAAUUGGAGAUAUAGAAAAUAAUAAAUAUAAACGAUUAUUAAAUGAAGAAAUCUUGAAAGAAGCAACAAAAUCGAACACACCUCCAGGUGAAAUUGAUUCUGUAUUUAAUGUUACUUCUGUACUUGCAAUGGGUUUUUUUUCUUCUGGAUAG